CACUUUUGCAUUUUACCGGCAAUUGGAGAAUUUUGCGUCCUAUAAAAGCGGGAGAAUCUCGCGUACGCUACCAGUCUUACAUCAGGGGCCACGCUAUGAUGAAAGCCCUUACUGUAUUACUGCUAUGCCUAGCGGCCGCGUCUGCGGUACCAGUACACUUUCCUGCUGAGAAAACGGUGAUUUACAAUUACUAUGCCGACGUAAGAACCGGGAUUAUCGACCCAGUGCAUUAUGUCUCUCAAUUCAGUCUCACCGGACAACUUCACAUACAGAAGGAUGUCAGUGAUUCGACUUUAAAUAAUGCUUAUUACAUCAAAUUAAACGACGUAAAGUAUGGCAUGUACAAUGGCAUGGUCACCGUACAUCAGCCAGCCGAAGUUCUCCACCAACUCGGAGAUGCCGCAAAUCAAAUCCAUGAACCGUUUGUGAUCGUUUACGACGAAUAUGGCAAAUUCCAAGGUAUCAAAAUGCCAGAAACCGAGAGCGGUUGGUCCAGGAACAUGAAACAAGCUAUCGCCUCGAUGCUGCAAUUGGAUCUGGCUCACAUCCAGAUACAAACCCCGAUGAAGCCGCACGCUUUCGUCACGCACGAGAACACCAUCCACGGUACCUGUCAAGUCGCCUAUGAUGUUCACCCGAAUGAUGUUCACCCGAAGAUCCCAUCGACUCCAGAGAACGUCUUUGUGGUCACGAAAAUGCAUGAUAUGCAGAACUGUAGCCACUUUGUUCAGCGUGUCUUCAAUCACGACGAGUGUGAAAAGUGUCAUAUGGAGUCUAUGGAUGACACUGUUGCUUCCGCCAGUAGAGUCUUCGAGAUCAAACAACAGGACAACGACAUUCUCAUUGAGCGCAUGGUUGCUCACUCAACUAUCGUUUACUCUCCUUAUAAUAGCCGCUCUGAUUCUCACUAUCUCUUAACCAACACUACUUUGGAACUGCAUUCCGUAGGGCCCACGAUAGAGGUUCCUGUUCCAGCUGUAAAUGUUCAAAACGUGCCUAUCAUUCGAGACAUUACUUUCAACAAACCGAUGGGAAAUUAUGCUCUCCAUGCCGCCGAAGAUCUCACUCAUGGUCGCCAUAUUGUAAAAUUAGAUGCGCUAAUCCCUAAACUUAAAAAGAUGUUGGUCGAGGCUGCUGAUUAUCUCGAAGAAAAUCACAUGGAAGCCAAAGAACCCGAAUGGAAGCACGGACAAACUAUCAACAGACUACAGCACACUAUGAAUUACAUGGAUCUAGGUUCGCUAGAGCAAGUUUACAAUGCCAUUCAUGAUUCGAAGAUCCCUAAGGAAGUUACGAUGAGGAAUAUCUUCUUGCGACUGAUUCCAACUGUGGGCACGACCGCUGCCAGCCACUUCGUACGAAAUGUCGUCCGCAAAAAUAAAGUGGAUGAAACAACUGCCAUCUCAAUGUUGAUGAAAUUACCGAUGCAUGUCAAAGUACCAUCCGAAAGAUUGCUUCUGGAAAUGGAAGAGCUAUUGAAAUUAGAUACCACCGUAUCACCGCAAGUCAGAAAGGCCAGCAUCUUCUGCUUCUCCAUUUUGAUUCGCAAAACGUUCAUACAUCAGCAAAGCGACAUCGUCAAUCCUCUUAUAGAAAGAUAUCUUCACCGUUUCUUCGAUCAUGUCAAGAACAAUCAAUCAUACGAGAUGAGAAUGGUGUAUCUGAUGGCGAUGAGAAACGUGCAAGUUGGUAACAUGGAAAAACUCUUGGAACCUAUUAUCCGUGGCGAAAUUAUGAUAUCCGAAUACCCACAUCAUAUUCGCACUCAAGCAAUCUGGGCUAUCAAGAAAGCAGUCGCCGAUAAAGUCGAGUACACUCAUAAUUUGCUCUGGCCUAUUCUCGCUGAUGUUACUCAACUACUAUCAAUCAGGAUUGCCGCUUAUGACGUCUUAAUGAGCCAGAUGCCAAACAUGCAACGUAUCAUGAACAUGUACUGGCUCAUGAUGCAUGAGAGGAACAACCAUCUGUACAACUAUCAUCUUACUACCCUGAAGGGUCUUGCUAAUUCCGUGGAUCCUUGUCUUAUGCCAGUUCGCGAAAUGACCAGAAUGGUCUUACGUUUCACAAAAGUCAGACCGGUCACCACUCAUCUCUCGUCUAAACAUUUCGUUGACUAUACAGACCCCAUUUAUGAACAUGGUGAAUCUAUGAAUACUGCCUGGGUUAUGGAUGAAAUAACCGGUAUGCCUAAGGCUGGAUACUUGGAAAAAUACGUCUCGGUCGCUCGUAAACCCGUCAAUAAAGUUGGCAUCUACUGGAGCGCCUAUGGCCUGGACGAGGUGAUGAAAGUGGUUAAAAAGGAACUGUUCGGUACUGCAGUAGAGAACCUCAACAACAAGAAUGUGCAGAAUAUUUUACUGAGCGCUGCACAGGAUAUGCCGAUGAAGAGAACCCUUCACGUAGACAUCUGCAUCACGGUGAACGAUCUUGUUGUCGUUGUACAUCAUUUUGACCAGAACACCUUCAAGAGCUUGUUAGAUGAAAUGUACCAGAUAAAACAGAUGAUGACCAUCAAUUUCCAAGAGAUCAUAUACGACACUCUUUACGAGAUGCAGGUGCCCACUGAUAUGGGUCUGCAGGGAGUUUUCAGCACCAAAAUGCCUCACCUGAUGUCAUUGAGGUUCAACAAUAUUCGCACCGAAGUCAAGAAGCCAUCAGUAAACCUGAAAUUCGAUAUCGACACUCGCAUCUGGAGGCAUGGCGAAUACGCCAUGUCAGUCUACAAUCCAAUGGUCGACGUUUGGCACUCGGUUCGUCGCGCCACUGUCCAGGACAUCGCCUUGCCCGUGCACAUGAGCGUCGGUUACAAUCCCGAAGCAAAGAGUCUCAAGAUCACCAUGCCGAGAUUGCCAGUUAACAAACUAUCGAUUACCGGAAUACGGUCCUAUGUGAAGAAUCUGGUGACUAUCAUCCAGGACGAGCAAGAUAUUCUCAAGACCUGCUGCGCUACCUGUCAUCAUCACACGGUUGUCACCACCGGCGAGAAGAAGAACCAUCACGUCACCGUAGACUCUAAAGAUGUAGGCCUGAAAUACAGUAUGUCAAUCUUCGAUUGCGAGAACAAGAUGACUCCGGUGACCAACAACCAAGAAUGGCAUCGUGUGCUGGGCACGGAACACAAGAACACUUGGAACUGGAAGUUCCUGCAAUACGUCAUGGCCAUUCGCCAAAAAAUGAUCAACGAUUACAUAUCACCGGAGAUGGGCAACUGUGGAAUGAUGUGGAAGAUGGAACCCAGCAUCGUUUAUCCUACGUCGCAUGUCGAUUUGAGCAUAAGAGCGAACAUGGAAGAUGUCGAUCACAUUCAUGAAAAGAUUCACUUCCUUAACAGUUACAAGAUCAACGUACGCGGUACCCUUGAUGCCAAAGCAGCUUCCACAAACGAGUCCGUCCGUUCGUGGGACGUGAACGUAAAUCUUGAUAUGUCUCCGUCACACGUAGUCAGCAAUUUCAAAGUUCAAAUGUUGAGACAGACUCCAGGAGAGAAGAAUUUGAAGAUCUGCGUAGACGCUCAGAAGAACUACCCGGUUGUCGGAACGGAUCCUUUAAAGAUCGAUAGCACUAAAGAGGAGACCAACAGCAAGAUGACUAUCACAGCAGGAUUUACGGAUGAUGACAAAUGUGUUCGCGAUGAAAUGAUGAUCGUUAUGACCGUUAAGGGCGAGAUGACAGAAGAACAAAAAAGACAACUGACACACGAUAAUGUACAUGGUGCUUGCGUUAAAGAUACCCAAAACCCGCAGUUCCAGACCAGGCAGGGCCAUAUUGCUAAAACCAUGAAUUGUGUUCGUGAAACUUUACAAUACACAACUUUGAAGAAAUAUACCGUUAACGCAACGUAUAAGAAGGUGCCCGUACAAGUACUCUCGUACAUAGCUAUGAUCGAAGAUCAUUUUCGCGCGUCGCACUGGCCGCAUGUAAGAUAUAUCACGGAUCGUCUUGAAAGUGGUAACGCGAGAGUCGUGCUCGAGUAUGCUUCCGAUUUAAGUCACGUCAAUGCAAGCGUCGUCACUCCGGUCAGCGGAUACGAGUACGUCCAAAUUCCUAUGCAGCAACGUCUCUUCGAUGGCAUGGUUAGAUCAAUGCCGCACUCGCCAUGGCACCCCAUGAUGGACAAUACUCGUUUCUCCAUAGGAGCUAUGUAUAAAAUGACGCAAAACCAAGCUAAGAUUUGUACCAUCUAUCCGCAAUCUUUGGUCACCCUUGAUGAGGGCGUGAUUCCAUUCGUCACGCUCGAUAAGUGGACCCUUGUAUCCGGCGAUCACAUCGACCGCACGUAUGCCAUUUUCGUAAAGUCGGUGCAAAAUACCAAACUAGCUGUGAAGAUGUACAUUGGCGAUCACGAAAUGGAGAUCAUACCAAACGAUGUGAAUGUCCACGUUUCUGUUGAUGGUAAGGUGGUCAACCAACACGAGAGGGGAGUCAUGGUGCCGAAAGACGAGCCGCACUCUUUCGCGUUUAGACUCACCGAGACCUUCGGACACCUUGUGGUGCAAUCUCAACGUGUGCCGGUGAUGAUGAUGUGGACCCCCAACAGCGUAGGCCUAAUGCUAGACACCGUUCUGCAAGGUCACGUAACUGGCGUGUGCGGACACAUGGACGGCACGCAUAAAGAGAAACUUCCCAAGAUUUACACAAGUGUAAAUCUUUAAUUAUAUAAUGUAACUUGAAAAAAUGUAAUUAACAUAAUUUUUGACUUAUAAAAUUAUGUACCGAAUUUCAGUUUAAAUAACUAACAUAAGUACAGAGCACAAUUUUGUUUUAAAUGACGGUAGCAUAGAAGCAGAAAGAGAAUUAACACACAAUAAACUUUUAUUUUCCAAUUA